AUGCUGCUGCUAAAACAGGAGCUGAGCCUGAGUGCGCUGUGGCAGGAGCUCCUGGUGUCCUCCACCGUGGCCGCAGCUGCCCUGAGCGCACUGCUGGGGGGGCCCCUGAACGGCAGCAUGGGCAGACGCAGGUGCAUUCUACUGGCCAGCUUUAUCUUCAGCCUGGGGGGCCUCCUGCUCAGUCUGGCCCCCAAUAAGGAGGUGCUGCUGGUGGGGAGGAUUGUCGUGGGACUGGGCAUUGGUCUGGCCUCUAUGACAGUCCCUGUGUACUUGGCUGAAGUUGCUCCGCCUCACCUGCGGGGGCAGCUGGUCACCGUUAAUGCGCUCUUCAUCACCGGAGGGCAGUUUGUGGCGGCGGUCGUGGACGGGGCGUUCAGCUACGUGAGCCACGGCUGGAGGUUCAUGCUGGGUCUGUCCGUGGUCCCGUCUCUGCUCCAGUUUGUGGGCUUCCUCUUCUUACCGGAGAGUCCAAGAUGGCUGCUGGCGAAAGGGCGGAGCCUGGAGGCGUACACAGUGCUGACGCGCAUCCGAGGAAGAGGCGCAGAAGAGGAGUACGAGUCCAUCAGGCUCAGUGUGGAGGAGGAGAACAAGGAGACCGGGGGAAUGGUCCUGCUCCGGAUCCUGGCUCACGGUCCGACUCGGCGCGCUCUGAUGGUGGGAUGUGGCCUGCAGAUGUUCCAACAGCUCAGCGGCAUCAACACCGUCAUGUACUACAGCGCCACCAUCCUGCAGAUGUCAGGAGUGCGUGACGUCCAAACAGCGAUCUGGCUCUCAGCCGCUACCGCUGCCACCAACUUCCUGUUUACACUGUUGGGGGUGUGGCUUGUGGAGAGCGUGGGGCGGAGGAAGCUGACCCUCGCCAGCCUCAUGGGUACCUGUGGGAGCCUCCUGGUCCUGGCCCUGGGUUUCCUGCUCUCAGCACUGACCUCUCCUCCAGUCACUCUGCCCGGACACAACUCCAGCUGCAGCAGUUACAGUGCUUGUGAAGGCUGUAUGUUGGACCCAGACUGUGGAUUCUGUUACAAACUCAACAGCAGCUCAGUGAUGGACUCGUCGUGUGUCGAUGUGAAUCCGGCAUCUACCAACCACGCAGCUCACGGGCGCUGUGUAAACCAGACCCUGGACUCAUCUCUGGUCUGGGCCUAUAACUUCUGUCCCUCGUCGUUCUCCUGGAUCAUUGUCGUGGGUCUCGUGUUGUAUCUCGCCGCCUUCGCUCCAGGCAUGGGCCCGAUGCCCUGGACGGUGAACUCUGAGAUCUACCCUCUGUGGGCACGCAGCACUGGGAACGCCUGCUCCGCUGGUGUCAACUGGUCCUUCAACGUCCUGGUGUCCCUCACCUUCCUCCAUGUUGCCCAGAGCCUCACCUACUAUGGAGUCUUCUUCCUGUACGCGGGGCUGGUGGCUGUGGCCCUGCUCUUCGUCGCCCUCUGUCUGCCGGAGACCAGGGGGCUGAAGCUGGAGGAGAUGGAGGCCCUGUUCUCUGGCUCCCAGGGGCCUCAGGUCCACUACACACGGAGUGUUUCCGGAGCGGCGUUUAUGGACGGCGACAUCGCACACAUCAUUCUCAGAUGA